GGUCUCUAGGAUUUCUGAAAAUAAUUAGGCAUUUCUACCGGCUCGGCCCGGCCCGAGCGUGGUCUCAUCCCCAAACUCUCCUGCGCUCCCCCAAUCCUCACCCCGUCGGCCGUCGCGCUCGCCUCUGAGUCCUGCCCCCGGGAUUCCAGGGCCUGUCGCUCGCCGGCCGGCGGCCGCUGUCGUCUCCCGCAGGGUCCCAAGCCCCGCAUAACACCGCCUGAUGUGACUGGGAUCCGGCUGCCAGAGAAAUCGCCGCUCAGGCCUUGCCGGGAGCCGGUUGCAAGCUGAUACAGGAAAUUUACUUUUAUCUCUACUCCACCUUCUUUUGUGAUGGCACAAGCAGCUAUCUACAGCCUUUUCAUCAUUAACAAGUCUGGUGGCCUUAUAAACUACAAGGACUAUGGUUCAGCUGGGAGGAUGGACACCAAUGACAGUCUUAGAUUGGCAAGUCUCUGGCAUUCAAUGCAUGCUAUCUCCCAGCAACUCUCCCCUAUCCCUGGUUGUACUGGCAUUGACCUCCUACAAGCCCAUAACUUCGAUCUCCACUGCUUCCAAUCCCUCACAGGGACAAAAUUUUUUGUUGUAUGCGAAACCGGCGCGCAAAAUAUGGAGAUUCUGCUGAAAGCGAUAUACGAGCUGUACACGGACUUUGUCCUGAAGAACCCGUUCUAUGAGAUGGAGAUGCCGAUCCGGUGCGAGCUGUUUGAUCUCAACCUAGCUCAAGUGAUCCAGAAGGACCGUCUCGCCCUUCUGGGUCGGUGAAACUGAAACAUGAAAAUACUACCGUCCCGAUAGUGUGAUUGAUAAUUUAUUCCUUUCUCUAAGUUGUUCUCAGCAUUGCUCAGCUGGAACUGUACUUUGUACUGGUGCAUAAUCUUUAACUUGAAUAUGGUGUAGUAUGUGAUUGCUGGAGUAUGGAGUUUUGCAUACAGAAAAUGCUGCUGCAAAUAACAACUCCAUGGAAUGCAGCUCCCAAUCUCCCAUUCAUACAUCUACACAUGUUUUGGUUGUGAUGAACUUCGAGGCUUGAGAUUGCUGGCAUGAGCAGUAUUGCAGUAACAGUCAGGUGCUACUAUAUGUAUUGUGGACCGUCUGCUAGUUGUAAAAUGCAUCUUCAUAUCUGUUGUGGCAUAGGAGCAACAGUGGCCCCCCAAUGUA